AUGUCUGCUGAAGAUUACAAGAACUUACCGGUUACUGUAGAGAAAUCUAUACCUGUUAAUUAUGAUUUGGGUAAUCUAGCGGUUUUCGAUAACAAUGUAUUGGAUAAAAACGAUCUAGACUCUUCAAAUGCCUCCAGAGAGAACCACAUCAAGAGUUUGACCCGUGACAACGUGCAGUUGCUAGUCAACCAAAUCUUAUCAUUACCAAUUAAAACCACAACGGAAUCUACAGGUGGUUCCAGUGAUCAAGGUGCUACUGUAGCGCUAUUACACUUGCCAGAACCAACAUCAGAAUUACCUAGAGAGAAGCCACUACCAAAGCCUAAACCACCUACCAAAUGGGAGAAGUUUGCAGCAAAGAAAGGUAUUCAACCAAAGGCAAAGACAGGUAAAAUGGUUUAUGAUGAAGCAUCAGGAGAAUGGGUGCCUAAAUGGGGUUACAAGGGUAAGAAUAAGAAUGUUGAUACUCAAUGGUUAGUGGAAAUGGAUGACAACAAAAAAGGUACAGAAGAUGAAUUAGUCGAUCCUAGAUCGUUGAAUAGAACAGAGAGAAAGAAUUUAGUUAAGAAGAACCAAAGACAACAAAAGAAGAAUUUGAAGAAUGGUCUCAAUUUAACAUAA